AUGAUGUCUCGGUUGGUGUGGUACGUACUGCUGGCGAUGCUGACACUUACGCUACGCACCGGAGAUUGUGCGAUCGAGGACGGUAACCGUACCUCCGCGCUGGAAGAGGCUCGACUGCAGCGAGAAAAUCUUGUGCGAAAGUAUCUGAAGCGGUUGAAGAAGGAGGACGGUGCCCUGAAGUUGGUUGGCGGUCGGGGUGACUAUGAGGGCAAUGUGGAGAUAUUUCAUGCCGGCAAAUGGGGUGCCAUCUGCGAUGACGAGUGGGAUCAGGCCGAGGCGGAGGUCGUCUGCCGGCAGCUCGGCUUUCCCGGGCACGCGAAACCAACACACACCGGUUACUUUGGGCGGGCGAAGCGAAAGUUCUGGAUGGACAAUCUGUGGUGCGGUGGCAAGGAGGCGGAACUGGCCGAUUGUCACUUUGACGGUUGGGGCACGAACGAUUGUGAGGCGGGUGAGGCGGCGGGCGUGAUUUGCAAACCGCACGACACGGAAACAACGAGCAAGAAGCCGAUUCCGAUCGAGUUUAAGGUGCCGAAAGAGCGGUUUGGGCAACGGGUCGAAUUACGGCUCGUCGGUGGGCGAGUGACGGGGGAGGGUCGGGUGGAGGUGCGGAUCGUGGAUGGGGAAGGAGCGGCCGGACCCUGGGGUAGUGUAUGUGGGGACGGUUGGGGCUUGCUGGAGGGAAAUGUUGUCUGUCGUCAGCUGAACCUUGGCUACGCGAAUAAUGCCGUCCAGACGGACUUCUUUUCGGAGGAAUCGGAAUCGAAAGCACAACUCCCGGAACGGAUCUUGCUGAGCGGGACGGAGUGCUUUGGGAACGAGAGUACAUUGGCCGAUUGUUUGCAUGACCCAAUUGGUGAGGGUUCGGAAAUUCGUUGUAGCGAGCGACGCGGCCAUGUAGCGGCGGUGACGUGUGUACCACAAAUGGCCGACCUUGUGUUCGAUCACGUCGAGAUGGAACAAUCGUUACAUCUCGAGGAUCGUCUCAUGUACCUGCUGCAGUGCGCAAUGGAGGAAAACUGUGUAGCCACGCAGGCGUACGACAUCCAGCGAGACAAUCCCAACUGGCAUCUGGAGUCGCGCCGAUUGCUGAAGUUUACCGCACGCGUUGUUAACAUGGGCACGGCAGACUUCCGGCCCCACAUACCCAAACAUCUGUGGGAGUGGCAUCUGUGCCAUAUGCACUAUCACAGCAUGGAGGUGUUUGCGACGUUCGACGUGAUCGACGGACGGGGCAAGCGAGUGGCCGAAGGUCACAAGGCGUCCUUCUGUCUCGAGGACAACCAGUGUUUGCCGGGUGUGGAACCACGGUACGCUUGUGCCAACUACGGCGAUCAGGGCAUAUCGGUGAACUGUUCCGACAUCUACCGGCACAACAUCGACUGCCAGUGGGUGGACAUCAGUGAGCUUGACUUCGGGGAGUACACGAUGCGCGUGGCGAUCAAUCCCGAGUUUAAGGUACCGGAAAUGCGGUUUGAUAACAAUGCGGCCACCUGUCGUCUGCUCUACACGCAAACGUAUGCCCGAGUGUUUGACUGUAAGCUGGAACGUCCGUAA